CUUCAGGUGGUAUACGCGUCCGGCUGUGGUGCUCCAGCGGUGAAACCUGACAUCGACAGAGUGGUCAACGGAGAAGAUGCUCGUCCACAUAGCUGGCCCUGGCAGGAUGAUGAGAGGGAGCAAACUUGGUGAAUCUGAAGUAUCAUGGAAGGUCAAUCUUGAGGACAGGCAGACGAUGUCUACAUUGAUCUCCCUGCAGGUGAAACACGGCAGCCGCUACCAUCACACUUGCGGAGGAACUCUGGUCGCACCUCGCUGGGUGCUGACAGCUGGCCACUGUAUCUGGCCUGGAGAUGUGUACCGCGUGGUGUUGGGGGAGCAUGACAUGAGCCAGCAAGAGGGGACAGAGCAGACCAGAGAUAUUCUUCGCAUUGUUGUGCAUCCAGAGUGGGACAUCGAUCGGGUUUCUGAUGGGAACGAUCUGGCGCUGCUGAAGUUGGACAAAAGCCCCAUCAUGACGGACAGCAUCAGUGUGGCUUGUCUUCCAGAGCCAGAGGAGAUUCUCCCACAUGGGUCACGGUGUUUCAUCUCUGGCUGGGGCAACCUUUACACGCACGGCCCAAUGCCUGACCGUCUGCAGCAGGCCUUGCUUCCUGUGGUGGAGCACAGCGUCUGCAGCCGCAGUGACUGGUGGGGCAUCAACGUCAAACCCACCAUGAUCUGUGCCGGAGGAGACGCGGUGUCUGGUUGUAAUGGCGACUCCGGCGGCCCCCUCAACUGUCUGGGGGAGGAUGGCAAGUGGUAUGUUCACGGUGUGACCAGUUUUGUGUCCAACCGUUCCUGCAAUGAGGUGAAGAAGCCAACUGUGUUCACACGCACGUCUGCGUUCACCGAGUGGCUCAGUGACGUGAUGCUACACUAUUGAGGAUUUGUCUUCAACAGCAAGAGGAGGCUGUGAAAUGGUCGCGCUGGAAAUAUUAAUUUAUUGUUUAAAAGCAAUUUGGGGGUGCGUCGUUUACACAAUAAAUGGUCAAAUG